GUUUCUCCCCAUCGUUUUCCCCUUUCCAUUUGUUUCUAGGUUACCAGGUAUUUACGUGUUGAUUCCAUGAACGCUUUAUUCAGUACAACAUUGGCAGUUGCAACUGUGGUUGCUCUGGCAUCGGGGCUAGAAUGGAGAAGCAUGAACACACUGAGGUGUGCAAAGUUCAACUGGCAUACGAUAAAGACUCGCUCCGACUCGCUUCUGCCCAUGGCAAGGUUCUUUUUGCCGGGCGAAAAUGCAGCGCUUUUGAACAAAUUGCUUGACGGCAAGAGCAAGCUUCCUGACACACCCAGUGACUCGUUCAUCAAGGCACUGCCGGAUGCAAUUCCCGAGACGCUGCUGAACACGAUUGCCGGAGAUGUGAUCGGCGCGUGCCUGUCCGGCGAGAUGCGGGUUCAGCAGGAGCCAUGAGAUAGGAAGAAGAGUACGAACUGUGCUUUUGGUUUGUAGCUGAAGGACACCCCCCCGCAUAUUCAGCCUAUGUGCGGGGUGGCACAUGCUCGAGCAUUUUUGACAACAGGACAGGAUGGAAGCUGCAAUAAAUUAAUAAACACG